UGUUAAUCGUAAUUCUGCUAACCAAAACCUACCCCAAACUGAACAGUCAGUAGAAAACUCUACUGAGGAUAUGGAGGUUGCCAAUCAAGGUGAUCCUGAAGCUGAACCUGAAGCUGAACCUGAAGUCCAAGCUCCUACCCCAAGUAAUGACACAGAAGUGUUAACUGUAGAGGAACCUGUGUCUCAGAGAGGGCAAAGGAGGGCAAGAAGUAGAAGUCCUGAUCAAAGAAGGACAAGACCUAGAACUGAUAGAAGCAGGUCACCCCUAAAUCCAUCUGUUGAGCCACCUCCUCGGAGGGCACAACACAUUUUACCACAAACUGUUGAUGCUUCUUUGGUUGAGGAAACAGAGGGUAGCUCCAGAACUCGACAACAUGUGACAGCCCCUCAGGUUCAGAACAAUGCUUUGUCAAAUGACACUGAAGGAAGCUCUAGAACUAGACAACAUGUGCCAUCCAGGCAGCAGGUACUUGCUACAGAAGUCCAGAAUCCUAGUCCAAGUGCAGUGCAAUUCUCAAACCCAGAAACAAGAAGUUCUUCCCAGCCUCCUCCAACUGAGACGCCAGGAACUGGAGAGUCUACUGGACCCAGUCAGAGACCCCCAACCAUUGUCUUGGAUCUUCAAGUGAGACGGGUACGUCCGGGAGAGUAUCGUCAGAGAGACAGCAUAGCAAAUAGAACACGAUCCCGUUCUCAAACUCCUAAUAAUACAGUUACUUAUGAGAGCGAGAGAGGUGGGUUCCGGCGCACUUUCUCAAGGUCUGAACGUGCUGGAGUGAGAACGUAUGUAAGCACUAUUAGAAUCCCAAUACGUAGAAUCCUGAACACAGGUCUUAGUGAGACCACAUCUGUUGCAAUCCAAACAAUGCUGAGGCAAAUAAUGACUGGUUUUGGAGAACUUAGCUACUUUAUGUACAGUGAUAAUGAUGCAGAGCCUAGUAAUCCUGGAGCUGUCUCUCCACCAACAUCAGUAAGUGAGGAAAUUCCAAACAAUACAGAUGCCAGUGUUCCACCACCGCCUGCAGAAGUUCCAGAACCACCUAAUAUAGUGGAAAGUGAAGAAGGAAGUAAUGAAGGUGUUUCUACAUCUGGGGCCAGAAGAGAGGCCCGCAAUAACAGAGGGUCAGUCCCUUUUGAAGAAAGUGGAUCACUACCAUUCCUCAGCCUGGCCCAGUUCUUCCUUCUAAAUGAGGAUGAUGACGAUCAGCCAAGGGGACUAACAAAAGAACAAAUCGAUAAUUUAUCAACCCGAAAUUUUGGUGAAAACGAUGCUCUGAAAACUUGUAGUGUAUGUAUAACUGAAUAUACAGAAGGCAACAAGCUUCGCAAGCUACCUUGUUCACAUGAGUACCAUGUCCACUGUAUUGACCGCUGGUUGUCUGAAAAUUCCACUUGUCCCAUAUGUCGCAGAGCUGUUUUGGCUUCAGGCAACAGAGAAAGUGUUGUUUAAAUCCAUGUAUUGCAAACUUUCAACUAAAAAGCUGGCAUUUAUACUGCUGGGCAAAGGAAAAUUUAAAAUGCUGUUUUUUUUUUUUUGUUUUUUUUUUUUAUGGCCACUUUUUGAGUGGUGCUUAAAAUAGGGUUUUGGCUUGGAGUGAGUCGUCCUGUUAAAACUAUAAAUUCAUGCCACACAGAAUAUGUUUUAAAAUCUCAAGAUAAUUUUUUCUGAGCACGGAUGGCAAAACAUCCGGGUUUAAGACAAAAUUCAUCCCAUCCCCCGCCAUCCCUGUUAUUCAGUUUAAAGCAGCAUUUUUCUAUUAAUACUCCUUUUUAAAUUUUUUUUAUUUACUUAUCUUUCAGUGCUGGAAUGAAUCAAACGAAGCCCCCAAGUUUUGCUCGUUUGUACCAGCUAGUUACUCUAUCUUUUGCUUUACCCCCUGUUAAGUUACAGAAAUUAUUUUAUAUGAACUAUUAUUUCUUUAUUGUCAGCAGUGUUGUUGUAUUUUUUUUUUUUUUUUUUUUUUUUUGGCCAGGGGAAGUUUGAGAGAAUAAGGACAUUUCUCCAAACGUAUGUCAUCAAUGUCCCAAAGUAGCACUAAUUUAGAAAUAUGCACUAGUUAAUUGCUCUUUUAGUGCUUUCUGCAUUUCCUUAACCUAAUAGUGUACAUGGUUUCUGUUCAUACCUGACAGUAAGCCAGACAAGCAUAUUUUUCUUCUACUUUUGUUUCUGUUGCCUGGCAAAUCAAGAAUGCAACUUUUAAACUAUUCAAAAUUAAUUCUUCAUAUUUGAAAAGAGACUUUUCGUAUGUUAGAACUCCUGCUCCUAUUACUAAGGAAUACAGGGUGUUAAAAGCUCUUUCAAACAGCAGAUCUUCUGGUAGGCUUGUUUGGUACCUUGUAUUGAAGUAUGCGCAAAAGACAUGUAUUUAGGGCUCCCUCUAUUUGAAUGAACGAUCCUGUACAUAUUAGACCUGCUAAGUUUUGGACCAUAUUUCUAUAACCCAUUUAAACCCAAGUUUGGUUGCAAUACAAUAUUUUCAAAUAGAUCUGAAAACCACAACACCUUGCGCUAAGCACUUAUUAAUGAUUGCACCGUAGAUUUUAUUGUGGGCCAGCAAUGCUUGGCUAAGUCUGUAAAACUUUGGUUCCACUUGCAUAUUAGAUCAGGCAUUGGUUGAUUUUUUUUAUUUAUUUUUUUGACUUAUGCUUGCAUUUUUGUUAAGUCACAGUAUUUUUUUAAAUAUUUUAAAAUAUUAUAUAUAGUAAAUAUUGGGAUUAUAGAAACAGAAGCAUUUAAAUACAUAUCUCAUUCAUUGGCAAUUGCUCCCAUGUUCAAGUUUAGCAUUUAGAUAUGAUUUCACUUGUGUGCUUUUGUUUUUUGUUUUUUAUUCCCCCUUUUCAAGCAGUUCCUUUUAACAUUGCACAUGUCUAUCACCUAACAACAGACUUGUUCCUUUUGCAAGUGCAAAUGCCACAGUCUUCCUCAAUCUGUGAGUGUAUGCAUUGUAACGUUUGUUUUAGGUAUGCAUUAUCAAAAGUAACUCAGAUUUUUAUUUUGUGUGAAAAGGUGGCGCUUUUUUUUUUCUUUUUCUUUUUUUUUUUUUCUGGUGUAAAUGUCCUUUCAGCCAACUGUGGGGGUGGGGCUUUCUUUCCAGCACUGAACAGGGGUGGGUCAGUUACAUGGAGAAUAAAUUUAAAAUAAGUCUGGCAAACACCCGAUGACAAAUCGAUUUGCAAACUGCAGGCUCAUUUGGAUUUAUGUAAAUAAAGACACUUAUCAGAUUUUUCUCUUCUGUAUUGCUGAGGCCCAUUUUAUGGCAUACUGUAGAAAUUGCUGAUUUAGUUAAAUUUGGAAUAUUUAUCUUGUUGUGAAAUAUAACAAAUGUCUAUGCUUGUUGAAAUAAUAAAAAAAAAUCACUUUGUUUAAAAUGUAUAGCUUUUUGUAGCGGCUUCCAUAUUUCUCAGACCACCAGUGCACAGAUGUUUGAAAACGGGGGGCUGGAAUCCUGUAGCUCUCCAUCUAUUGUCUAACAGCUUCCAUAACUGGCUUUCAGAAGAGAAGGGAGUUAUGUCGACAGAUGUAGAGCACAAAUUGCCAAACCUUAUUCUGAAAUGUUGGGAUGUAGCAGGGGUAACAUAUCAUACAAACUCUGAAUGCCUUUGAUGAAAUGCUUGCUCAUACUUUAUAAAUAUAUAUAUCUAUUGCCAUAGGUGCCAGCUUAAGAAUUGCAUUUUCAAUUGUCUGACCGUGAAGCAGGGACUCGUACAUGUUAAAAAUAUAUGUGGGGAAAAAAGCGGCUGCUAAUCUGAAAUGGGAAUAAAAGUUUUAACCGUGAAUAAUAAAAUCGAACAAUGCUUUUAUUUCUUGUCAGUAACAGCAGAUUGCAACAUCGUACAAAUAUACCACAUUCUGUGUUGUAUUUAGUUUCAGGUGUGUGUUUAAGCUAAACGUGACUUAGCAGUGUAUUUAACAAUACA